AUGACACUGGAAGUAAGGCACAGCGUUGUUGCUCAGACUGCGUCUGGCACUAAGCGUGUAACUACAUGCGAUACCUCCAAGUCCGAUAAAGCACCAAGAGCCACCCCACCUCUUAUUUUGACUUGCGACGUUCCAACGACGCCGAGAAGGUCACCCAAGAAAACGGACCGCAUAUUGGUUGAGAAAGGUGUUGGAACGACAGGGUCUAAGAGGGAAAGGAAACCUUUAGUAUCUCGCGAGACCCCGACCACCAUUAUCGACGAAAAGACAGAAACAGUUCCGGACAAAGCGACGGUUCCUUCGCCUGGGUUGCUGUUAGCAAAGAAGAUACGAAAGUUCAUGGCGUCGAGCCAGGUAUCUUCAUAUUAUGAAGGGGAUGAUGAGUUUUUGGAUUUAUUAAAGCAAGUGGAGGAACAUGAAGGCACAAAAAGUGGACUGCUUCCACAACCCUCCAUGGAAACACUUCCUCCAACAGUAACAAUCACUGACUCGUCUUCAUCAGCCAUAUCAACACUCUCAAAUCCUACCAUGUCAAGCAGCUCCAUACCAACUUUAGCCGAAGAUAACCAUAUUCGACGGCGUAAGAGAGCGGACAGCCCUGUAAGCGAUUGCCCGCGGACGAAACCAAGGCGAGAAACUUCACCCAAGCUCAGGGAGAAGCCCCAGACCGACGUCAGUCGAAGGGAGAUACCUCAUAAAGCUAUCACUAUCGAGGCGAGUCACAGCAGGAAAACUAAGCAGGAUAGACCCAUCCCGCGGAGCAUGCAUCCUGGACAAAGUGCACCAGUCGACACGUCGGGUGUCAUCCAGACCCGUCUCGAAUCGACUGGAUCAAGCGUGGAUGCUGUUGUUCGAGUAGAAGCAGUUGAGAUUGUGGAAAUUAAAGAUGAUGAUGAAGAAAUCGUAGAAAUCACGACCCCGAAGAAAGCGAUCUCCGCCGUCACUGAACGACAGACAAAAACCAAAGAGCCUCGACCAAGUGCAGGCCCAAAGGCUCCAACAAAGUCGCUCUCUGCGACUGAUAAGCCACUUCCUGUAGUAAUCGUCGCCCAUGACGAACGGAAACAACGACUUCUGGAUGAAGAAGGCAUUGAAAAGGGUAUACAGUACGAGAUCGCCCGAGGUAUCACCCACGGGUGGUGGGCUUGGGAGGAUAUUACUAUUGGCGUUGUCAAGCAACUUCGAGGGACGAAUUUCGAGAAGGCUGGAAAGGUUGCGGAGGUAAUUGGCGGAAAACAUAAGGAGCGUCUGAGCCCCGCUGUGAUUAAGACGAGACAAGAUAUUUAUGCUGAACUCGAUCGAGAACAGAAGGCGUUCUUAGAAAACAAGGGGCGCGGUCUUGGACUCAUGGGUACAUGGGAUCACAAAGAAAACUGGCAUGGUGGACGCGUGCAAUUAACUGCGAAACUUGAUUUCAAUAAGGAUGGUUACCCACCAUACACUAUCCGCCUUAACAGUUUCGGGAUUGGCAAGUCGAACCGUGCAGCCCGACGAUUCACAUCACUGUCGAUUUUGCAGGUCAAAUACGAUGAUGGUGCUCUUUACGAUGAUAAGCGCAAGAAUCUGGCGCAUGAGCUAUUCAGUAAACCUCUCAUCCUUUGUGGUCGGCAAUACGUCCUGUUCUGCACGAAGGAGAAUAAGGCAUUUUUCGUAGAAAUUAGGGAAGGAUAUGAGCGGAAGCCAAUGCGAAGUAUUGGGGACCAUUAUAGAAUGUCGUUCAGAAAAUUCGUGCAAACCGUGAACCCCAUGGCAUUGAAUAAGGAACAGGCUAUGAGUAAAUGGUUGACACGGUGGCAAUUGAUAUUGUCAACAACACGGCCUGUUGUCGAAUUCCAACAUGAAAACAUAUUUCUUGAUUUGGAAGAUAUUUAUGGCGGUGACCCGACAGUAAACAGGAAGGCUGAAAGUAUUAUGACGGAUGGCUGCGGGCUAAUCAACCUCUCGGCACUCAAGCUCAUUGCUGAAAUCACAGGUCAAGCGUGUCCCGUAGUCGUACAGGGGCGUAUUGCCGGCGCAAAGGGUCUCUGGAUUUUGCAUCCAGACCCAGAGCACCGUAAGGACGACGAACCGCCCAAAAUAUGGAUUCGAGCGUCUCAGCUGAAAAUCAAACUUGGCUCGAAAGAAACUUGGGAUCGAUCUCUUCGGAUAUUUGACCUCGUGCGCCUCCCACGCCUUACAGUCCCGAGCAGUUUAAACUUCCAAACAAUUAUCAACAUGUCUUAUAAUGGUGUCAAAGACAAAGUAUUCGAGAACCUCAUGGAAACAGGAUUGAAAAAGGAGAUCGAAGCGCUCACCAAAUGGGAUGCUGAUAACGCAUGUCUACUAUUAGCAAAAGCUGUUCAGGAAGCAGGGGGCAUCAUGGGAUCUCGCCGCAGUCGUGGUGCGGGUGCUGACGCACGUCUGCACAACUAUGUUCCCGACGAGGACGAGGACGCUGAGGAGAAUAAGAUAACUAGUGGUGGAUUGGUGGAGCGUGACCCCAUUAGCGGGUGCCCGUUGUCCCUCUAUGAAUCUACCUACGAGAUGCUCAGGGCUGGAUUUACUCCAUUGAAAUGUCCUGUGCUUCGCGAGAAACUAAAAAACGUUCUUACACAAACGGUCAAGGCGUACCAGGACAACUACCAUGUGCCUGUUCCAAGGUCAGCAGAGGCCUUUAUUGCUCCAGAUCCAGAUCCCCACGGAGUACUAGAGGAGGAUGAGAUAUUUUUCCGAUGCUCAGAACCCAUCAGCGAUCCAACCGUCUCAAUCGAUCCACACACGUUCCUGGGGCCGGUUCUGGUAAGCCGUAACCCUACCAGGGUAGCCUCCGACGUACAGAAGGUGACGGCUGUACACCACGACAAGCUUUUGUCGUACACGGAUGUAAUAAUAUUCUCAGUCAAGGGAGCACGAUCUCUAGCGAAUUAUGACGGCGACACGGUCACUGUUUUCGCGGAGCCUGCACUCGUUGACGCAUUCAGUAAUUCGGACUACGUAGCUGAGCCACCAACAGUUCGUGCUGCGUUUCAAGAAGAGGUUGAGAAGGUCUCUGUCUUCCUAGACAGAAUGAAGGGUAUGGGUAGAGAAGAGAGGCGUACUGAGAUCGCAAAGAAAGUCUUGACCGGCUUGUCGGAUGGCAAAGUUGGGCUUUACUCCAACAUGCAUGAUAAUGUUGUUUACUCGACGGGUUACAAUAACAGCGAAGCAAUCAGGCUAGCAUACAUGUUCACGACAUGUCUAGAUGCAAGCAAAUCGGGCCUAAGAAUUAAAAGCGACGUCAUCAUUGAAGACCGCAAAAGGUGGGACGCGCCGAGACCUGAAUGUAUGCAAAAGAGCGACGAAAUCAUCCGUAACCAGUACAUGCCUGCAGCUCGUUCUCCGUUGGUUCGAUCUCGCUCGAUGGGGCGCUUUGUCCUCGAAUCUUUACGGAAAUGCGCAAAGGAUCUCAGCGACAAUGCACUGAUAAGCUACGAAAAACUCUGCGACGAAGCAGAAAGGAAUUCGUCAUUCAGAGAUACCGACCUGUCCAGGCCCUAUGAAGAGAUGAAGGAUUUUGCGAAUAGGUUGCAAGAGAAUUACAGGGUCACUAGACUGGCAGAUGAUUUGCUGAAGAUCGAGGAGUUCGUUGUAAAAUUAUGCAACGAAUAUGUUUCGAAAUUCGGGAGUGAACUAGGGAGCAGAAGCCCGCAGAAGAGCCCGUCCAAAGCAAAAACUGCGAAGGCGAGACCAAUGGCUCAAAUAACUAACGAGUUUGCGCGCAGGUUUGAAGAGGAGCUACCCGACGAUUCCCUGGAAGCACCAGCAGCGUUAGUGAAGGAAGUCAAGGCAUCCUACGCUCACAUAUAUGGCAGUUCCAAGUCAAAAUUGGCAAGAGGAUUCGCCUUUGCGGUCGCACACGACACGGUAUGCGCAAUCAAAGUCCGGACAAGAGGCGGCAGUUCGACAGUCCGCGAAUGUCGAGACUUCACAUUGGUUUCGCCCGCUCUGGUGAAAGUGUUGCAUACAGAUCAGGAAUGA